CACGAAAAAGAGUGGGAGUGUGUGUGGUUAGCGCGAGAAAGGCGAGAGCUUCACAGAUCGGUACACGCAGUCUUCGUGUUCAGUCAUCAGUUUACUGUGUUUGAGGAGGAGGAGGUCUGUGUUUGCUCCAACACGAGAUGGAGUCUCUUGGUGUUGUUAUGCUUUUGAGCGUAAUUCCUGGGAAGGCAGGCCAAGAUGAAGUUCAAGUGGAGGCUGGAGCUGAUGCUACUCUUGACUGCCAGGGUCUCACUGAAGGGAUUAUCACCGUGUUAGCGUGGAACAAGAGGGGCAUGCAAACGGAAGAUUAUGUAUUUUUCUACCGGGAAGAUCGUCCUUACAAAGCCUACCAGCAUCCCUCGUUCCAAGGUCGAGUGGAGCUGGGAGAUCCACAAAUGAAAGGUGGAAAUAUGUCCAUCAUUCUGCACAACACCACCGUUAACGACACUGGGAUAUAUGAGUGCCACAUCUCAUAUCAGAGUGGCUCAGGACGCGACAAGAGAGUGACCCCUGAGAUCAUCAGUGAAACCAGCCUGAAGGUUGUUCCCACAGGUCACACAGGAGGGGACACAGAGGAUGGAGGGAAGGAGGCUGGAGAGAAGAAGGAUGGAGUGAAGGAGGAUGGAUCUGUUGGACUGAAAGCUGGUCUUCCAGUUGCUGUUUUCCUUCUUCUUGUUGUUGUUGGUGGUGCCUUUGUUGGUUGUUGGAUCUUCAGAAAAGAUAAACCACAGACUCAGGACUCACAUCCUCCUCCCGCUGAACCACAGAUCGAAAUGUCUAAGAGAUUUCUAAACUCUGAAUCUCCUGCUGCUGAAUACAAUAACAGAACUGAGCUGAAAGCAAACAACUGCCUCGAACAAUCCACAAGGAUCCCUGAUGUCACUCUGACACUUGAGAAUGAACUACUUCAUCCUCUUCCUCAGGAAACAGCUGGACUACUUCCAGAGAGAAACAUCAGAGUGCAGUAGAUAAUGUCUGACAGCAGUUUGAAGAGGAAAUGGAUUCUGUUCUGUUCUUCACUCAUCACCUACCUGACAGCUGACACCUCACACCUGUUUCUCACCUGCAGGUCAGACAGGAGGACACACAGAGGAUGGAGGGAAGGAGGGUGAAAAGAAGGAGGAUGGAUCUGUUGGAUUCAUCGUUGGUCUGCCACUUUCUACUGUGCUUCUUGUUGUUGUUGUUGUUUUGAUCUACAGAAAACAACAACAACAACAACAUAGUCAUCAUUCAUACCAGCCUCCUGUUGAACUGCAGCAAGUUUGCAACACUGCUAUUCCAGGCUUGAUGUUUUUCACUCGGCAUGGGUCAAGACAUUAUCUGAUGAUGUACAGAAAUAAAUGUUACUUCGUAUCGUUACCGUAAAACAUUGAUAAACAGGCGAUGAACCAGACAAAGAACAAAAACCAGGAACUGUUUCCUGUUUGUUCCCAUGCUGUUCAAAAAAUUUAAAUCAGAUCCAUGGAUUAAAAUGUGCGAGGUGUGGGAUUUCUCUUUCCUCAACUCAGGGUUAUAAGCUGUUUGACAUGACUGGUGAAAGGAUCUGAACUCUUAUACAUGUACACGUUACCUCAAACAAUCCGAUGCAGUCUCACAGCACAUAUUGAAACUGUCACAACAUCUAAUCAUGAUUCAUUUCCCAGAACACUAAUUAAUAUUUUAAAGAGUCCAUAUCCUUAGGUUGGAAGGGCUGGUGGUGGAACAAAUCAUUUCAUCAAUAGUUUCAGUUUUUAAUAUUAAAUAAAAAGGUGUACUUUUAGCCAAGCUGCUGGUUCAGUGUUGGAAGAAGAUGCCAGUUGAGUUUUAAGUCUUUAUUCUCGCCAAAGAGUUUUACAAAAAGCUGUGUCACUGAACACAAACACUGGUUUUGUGACUGUUUCAUAUUUCCUAUGAGACUGGGCUGACUGUUUAAUAUGCACCACAGUGUUGUUGAGUCCUAAAGGUGUGAUUUGUUUUCUGCUUUAAAUCUGUGCCCUUACUUUUAUCUAUGAAGUACUUUUACACAGUGAACAAAGCUUUAUAUUUUCUAAGUUAAUUAUUUAAUUUGUACAUAAUAACUGAAGUUAAUGUAACACUAACCCACAAACAAGCCAUCUCAACAAAGCUAACUAUAUGUAACUAUUUUUUAAGUAACUAUAUAUAUUUAUUUAUGGUCAGUUUUCUGGAGGAAGGUGCCAAGUGUAGGAAAGAGGGGAACUUUGUCUGAUUUUUUUUAAGUAUGUCUUGAUUUUACUUACAGACCAGGUUCUCUUAAAUAUUAUUUUCUUUGUUACCUUAUUUCUGUUGUCUUUAUAUGACACACUGAUCACCUCAUGCACAGAUUUUCUUUCAUCACCUCACGUCCAGCCGGUCAUGGCAGAUGACCGGCCCUCCCUGAGGCUGGUUCUGCGGAAGGUUUUUCCUGUUAAAAAGGAGUUUUUCCUUCCCACCGUCGCCAAGUGCUUGCUUAUAGGGAGUCAUAUGAUUGUUGGGGUUUUCUCUGUGUUAUUAUGGAGUCUUUACCUUACAAUAUAAAGGAACUUAUAUAGCACACUUGUGAUUUGGUGCUGUAUGAAAAAACUAAAUUGAACUGAAUUCCUGCUGUGAGUCAUUUCGUAUUUAAUUCAUGAUUGAUUGUUAUUUCCUGGUGCAGGAAAGGUGACUCAGUAUAAAGACAUGACCUGCAGCUCCUUUUGUGUCAGGUCAUCAGUGUCUGAACUCACAGGGCUUGAAAUGCUGUCUUUAAGUCGGUCAUGCCUGGUUGAUUUUCUUUUGUUCUUUUGUUUCAUUCUUUUUCAUAGUUUGAAUUUCCUUUGAGUCGUCUGACAAAUCUUCUCUGUAAAUAUCACACAUUAAUCCAGUCAUGUAAAGAAAAAUUAAAUAUUUUUAACCCCC